UUAGCAGUUUAUAUUUAUUAAAAUAAUUGCAUUUACAUGCUCUGUGUACUAUGGGAGACCAGAUAUAGUGAAUGGGGGGUCCGGGGAGAGCAGAUAUAGUGAAUGCAGAGUCCAGGGAGACCGGAUAUAGUGAAUGCAAAGGUCUGCAGAGAGCAGAUAUAGUGAAUGCAGGGUGUCUGGGGAGACCAGAUAUAGUGAAUGCAGGGUCUGGGGAGACUAGAUAUAGUGAAUGCAGGGGUCCGGGGAGACCGGGAUAUAGUGAAUGCAGGGUCCGGGGAGACCGGAUAUAGUGAAUGCAGGGUCCGGGGAGAGCGGAAAUAGUGAAUGCAGGGUCCCGGGAGAGCGGAUAUAGUGAAUGCAGGGGUCCGGGGAGACUGGAUAUAGUGAAUGCAGGGUCCGGGGAGACCGGAUAUAGUGAAAGCAGGGUCCGGGGGGAGAGCGGAUAUAGUGAAUGCAGGGACUGGGGACAG